AUGCCUAGACGGCGGCGGCCUAGGCCCAAAGAGCCCAAGAAGCUAAAGUUCAAGAUUCCGUUUCUGGACCGCGGCCGCCCAGCCUCGCCAUUCUGUACGGAGUCUCGCUGGACCAUCCAGCAGCAUGAGCCACUUCCGCCGUUUGGCACCGGCUACAAAACAAAGCACCGCAGGGGCGAGGAGAUCCUCGCACAGAUGCGAGAGGAGCAGGUCCCCCAAAGCAUAUAUUGCUUAGACAACCAACCACCGGGCCCCGAACCGGCCGAAGACGCGCCUCGCCUGGAAAUUGAGGUCACAGACGCCCUCCGCCCGCUUCUGACUUGUGGAGCGCACGUCGUCGCUUGCCGCAUUCUCAGUGGCACCAUCCCCUCUCAAUCGCCUUCCAGCUCCUCCUCCUCUUCGUCGUCGACGACUGCAGCCACCUGCCCUAGGCCGCCCUCCUCAUCGCCGGCCACGAUCGUUGCCAAAAUCUUCGACCCCAUGUACUACUACCACAAUGGCGACUAUGACAUUGUGGACCUCGCGGACAUGGAGUAUUGUCGGGAGACGGCGGCCUACCAGCACCUUGUCCGUAACGGCGUCGACGGCAAACUGUUGCCUGCGUUCUUUGGCUCCUACUCGCUCGAGCUGCCACUGACAGACGAGCAGAAAGACUAUCUGGCCGAGGUCAAGGGCGAAGACCACCCGCUCCUGCAAGUCCCCACACCCGUCCGAAGAGUCCGCCUCAUCCUGAUGGAGCGCGUCGAAGGCCGACCCAUGACCGCACAGCUGGUGUAUGGCGAUGUGAAUGGGAUGACGAACGAGGCGCGUCUGGACGUCGUGGCGUCCACACUUGAAGCAUAUGCCCGGCUCUACUUCCACGGCAUCACACACGGCGACCUAGCACCCCGGAACGUUUUCCUCAAGGACGAGAGCGAGGCGGUCGACGAUCUUACCAAGUGCAAAAGCAUCGCUGCCCGACGACUGCGCUUCCACCGCUUCGUGGAUCUCGGCCUCGCCUAUGUGCUCGGCCAUCCCGAGUCGUCCUUCCCGCGUCAGCCCACGGGCGAGAUGCGGCCCCGCAACCCCAUCCGCCUCUUCUGGCACGUCUUUGAGAGCGGAGCCGUAAACAUGUACUACUGGCUGCCGAAGGAGAUGCGCUCUACCGAAACAUUCCAGCUUUGGAUGUUGCGGCGGUGGUACGGCGACACGCGGUUCGAGUCGGUCGGCGCCGUUCCCAUCCCGGUGAAAAACGACGCUGCGUGGGAGCGCGGUGAGGCUCUCACCAACGAGACGUGGCCUGACACAAAUGGAGAGGACUUGCAAAGGUGCGACGGCGACGGGGACGGCGACGAAGAUGAAAACGGGCAUGGAAACGGAAACGGAAACGCCAAGCGCGGAUGGCAGCUUCCCAGUGCACUGGCCCGCGCCAUGGCAACAAUUCCGGGGCUUCGGGCCAUCAGCAUCGUCAUCAAGCAACCAACGUGCGCCAUUCCCGACGAUAAGACAGUGACGGCAGUGUGCGACGCGUCCCACACAGCGACGUCGCGGGCACGCCAGCUCGACGAAAUCGAACCCCAAACCACCACCGCACCACCAACGCCGCCCAUCAGCAAGGCCACUACGAAGGACCAGCCUAAGGGCUUUUGGUGA